AUGAAUACAAUUACUUUGGAUGACAUCGGCCAUAACUCUUUUCUUCCUGUUGAAAUAUUCAUAAAAAUUAUUAGUAAUAUCAAAGUCGAUUCUAAACAAUUCAUAUUGGAUUAUUUGAACAUUACUAACGCUGUAAAUAAACAUUCUAUUGAAACUGAGUCUCUCCUAAAGUAUUUAAUUGAAAAUUUUAAUAACCACGUCGAUAUUAUCGAUCUUACAAAUUCCUCAGACUCUUCCUUGCUAAUAGCACAAUUAAGAAAAUAUUUUGAUAUAAGAUGUUUUACUAGUCAGAAAAAGGACAAAUAUAUCUUAUUGGUUAAUGAUGACAUUUUAAUUAAAUAUAUCAAUAGAACUCAAUUUAUUGAGUUUUUUGAAAAAUUGUUUUUCAGGUUUAAUACACAAGAAUACUCUAAACUAUUAAUAGAUAUCGUCUAUUCUCCCUCCAUGACUGAACUCAUCACAGAAAAUCAAAACAUUGAAGGAAAUAGAGAUGGAUCAGCGGUGAAAAAUGAAUAUAUGGUUAAAAAAAAAAUUCUGGAUGAAUCUGGUAAACAAAUAGUGCCAGACUUGAUAAACUUCAUUUCACUUUUUCCGAAGAACUUUGUAUUAGAUAAUUUAAUUAUUGAUUUUAAUAACGAGAAAAUCUUAUUACCUAAGGAUUUAUUUGGGAUUUAUUCUCCCAAAUUUUUUGUACUUAGUGAUAAUAUGAAUAAUGACAUUACGAGGAAUAAUAUCAAUAAUAAUAAUAAUAAUAAUAAUAACCAUAGGUUUAACUUUGAUGAAUCUUUACAUUUAUUAAGAGAUUAUGAUACCCGUAAUAACAAUAAUGCUACUAGUAUUAAUGAUGUUGUUAAGUGGUUAGAACCAAAAUGUAAUCAGAUUACAUUUUCCUCUGUAACACACCUAUUAAUUGAUUACAUGGCUAUGGAUACCUUUAUUUCUAACAUAUUCGAGGUUUAUGGAGAAAAAUCACAUCAUUCUGUAAAUACUACUGCUGAGUCAUCUGUUUCAUAUUUAUUUGGUAACUUUUUGACUAAAGUUCAUUUUAAUGUUCCAGAUCUACAAGAUCUGAAAUUUUAUAAUAAGAACUGUCCCAACGCUAUCUGUAAUUUCAUUGAUCUUUCAACAAGUAUUCUAAAAAAGAUUGCCAGUAAUAAAAUGACUUUGAAAUAUUAUUUCGAAUUGCAUGCCUUAAAAAACUGGAACGUGAAUAACUUAGUUAAUUUUGGUGGUCAUCGAUUUAAAUUCGAUGCAAACACAAGUUCUGGAUUGACUACAGAGACCACAAAGCAAAUAUCAGCAAAUAUCAAAUUAUUAUCUACUAUGAUUAACGAUGAAACAAAAGACGGUGUAACAUAUCUCCGAGUAGAACUGUUUCCACCAAGUGUGAAAAAAAGUAAAAUCUUAAAUUGGUUGCCAUUAGGAUCAAGCGAAACUUUAGAUAGUACAAGCACAACUGGUCGUACAACCUCGCCAACACGUAUGUCUAGGCCAGGUGAACCUAAACCCAUUCUAUGCUUAAAGUCACCAUGUUUGGAGACAUUGGAAUUAAGAGUAUUGAAAAUAGAUAAGGGUAAAAACAAUCAUAUCCAAGGAUUGUUUUUACCUAGUUUACAAAGGUUAAUUUUACAAAAUUUUCAAUUUACUAUUGAUGCACCUUCACCAGUGAUAAGUGGUGGAACUGGUAUUGGAAACAAGUUUCACGAGGCCAAUGAUAAUGGCGAGGAUGAAGUGAUGAUUAAUGACAUGGAACUUUAUGCUACUGGUUUCUCUAACUGGAAUGAUUUAUCAAGUUGUUCGAUAAUUAAUCUGAUUGAUAAUAUGCAACAAUCAGAUCAAAUGAAGUCAUAUGCAGUUCAUUUAGUGUUUAAUAUAAAAAAUUUAAAAAGAAUAAUGCCAAAGAUCAAACUAAAAGAAAGUUUCGAUACUUUUGUUGAUGAAAAACAACAAUUUAUUGUUGUUUAA